AUGCAGAUGGCUCAACAACUGCCCAGUAGAGCGUUCACCCUCUGGCACCAUAUCCCCCGCUUCAUAAUCCAGGCCAGCCCAGUGCUAGCAUCGAGCGGCGCCGCUGUCCGACAGAUAUCCAUGAUAUCGGGGAGUGGCAGCCUCAAUCAGACGGAAGUAGACCGCUCGUUCCUUGACGCGAAUUGGCGUCGAUUUGAGCAGGACUACGGCGUGCCUCAUGGGCAACAGGCCGAGCUGGCUCGCUUAGCCGCCCUUUUCAUGUUCUCCGAGAACACCGUCGGCGCGAAUAGCGAGGCUUUGCAAUGUUUGAGGAAAGGGGCUGGUGCGGACUGGAGAGCAUGCACUCACUAUGCGAGCUUUGCGCUGAUGAUAUCUUCUAUCGAGCAGAACGCCGGCAGAUGCGUUAGCCUUCAGGCGUACUUGGAUCUCCUGCACCUUUGCCCUUGA